AUGGAAAGAAAACGAGCCAAGAGGGAAGGUGGUGCUGACAAUGGUGGCGCCGACAGUGGUGGUGCUGACAGCCACAGCCGAGGACGGGCAGUGGCUGAGGUGAAGCUUGAUGGUGCAGGUUGCAGUGGUGGUGGCGAUGGUUCUCUGUGGGCCCAGUGCGGCCAUGGGCAGGCGAAGGAGCCAGUGGUGUUUCGCGGCGCUGCAGUUCAUUGGCCCUCAGCAUUUUGGUCGCCCACGCUACUAGCCACACACCAGGCGUUUGGCAGGUGCAACGUAAAGGCGCUGUUCCACAGGGCGAACGAGCGGCCUGCUUCGGAAGCAGACUGCAUCACCAGAGAGACCACGCUGAAACAGUUUGCGCAGUGGAUACUGCAGGGUGACCGCAGCACACCACCACCUCCUCCUCCAGCACGAGACGUUGAUGCCGCUUGUCGUGGUGGGCGUGUUGCUGAUGCUGUCAAGUCGGAGCCAGAGCCGAGCGAAAGUGACAGCAAGCACAAGAAGUGUGCGAACCUCGACAACGCCGCCUUCUGGUUUGGGACGGAGGGUGCAGUCACGCGGUGCCACUACGACACGUACGGAUGCAACCUUGCCGUACAACUCGACGGCACCAAGCGCUGGACGAUGUUUCCACCGGGGGUGGCACGUGGCAUGUAUCCGACACGGCUGCCUUUUGAGGAGUCCACGGUGCGCAGCAGUGUUGAUGUUGAGGCGCCAGAUGCGAGCGCACACCCGGACUUUGUCGCCCUCGCAGCGCACGCGGCACAGUGGGUGGAGCUGGGGCCUGGCGAUGUGCUGUUCGUGCCGCACGGCUGGUGGCACCAUGUGCGAUGCACCUCCACCGCCAUCUCCACCAACCUCUGGAUAUCCCACCCUGCAGACAAGCGCGCACUUCUCUCCGAAGCCAUGACACAGUACGUUGUGGCAUGUGUAAGUGAGCAGCAGCCGACGUGGUUCUGUCCGACCCAGAGUCCAGUGACGCCCUCGCAGGCGCUUGCACUCCUGGGCGCUGCUCUCGAUGCAAACGGUGUUCACCUACAGCAUGACAGAGAUAGUGGCGAUAUAACUGAAGCGCUUCUCCGACGACGCAUCGCUGAGGCGCUCAUCAACCCAUCAGUCAUCCAAGAUGUGGUUGAUGGGGUUUUGCGGUGA